CCCCCAAACCCUCCAGGAUUUAAAGGUUUAUGUUCUUAGCCUGGGUGAGCUAUUUUUACGCAUCCUCACCAGACUGGGCCUUAUUUCUCCCAGUUUUUCACCAGAGAAAGGAAAUGUAAUUAUUUUUUUUUUUUUAAUUCCUGAGAAGACUUAUCAGCCGGAGCAGAGUUUCCUGCCUGGAGCUGGAAGGCUCCGUCCGGAAAUGGCACCCAUGCCUUGCCAGGAGGGGGAUGAACGGAUGCGGGAGGAGGCUAAAAAUACCCCCCAGCUCCUUGUUUCCCUCUUCCCACCCUGGAAAAAUCCAAUUAAAACCUCUGAGCUCUUAGGGAAAAGUGUGAGAUUAUUGAAAGCUCCCGAAAUCCUUCCUUUUCCCCCCAAACUGAGGGUUUGGGAUGAGGGGGCAGCAUCAUUUUUCCCCCUGCAUCCCGAUGUGAGGCAUCCCUGGGGCGCUGGCAGGGCAGGGCCAGCCGGGGUCACGAUCGAUGCUGGAUGGAUGCAGGGAUGGAGCUGCUGGCAUGCAGGCCCUGCUGAUGUUCCCCUGGGAAAAACAAACCAGCCCCAGCACAAACUCACCCUGGCCUGGGCUGAUUAAUUUUCUGGCCGAGCCUUAAGGGCAAAGCUGGGGAGUGAUCUUCCCCCAGGAGCUGAGCAUCCCUCUCUGGUCUGUGGUACCACCCUUACCCCAUCAACCCCUCCAGCAGGGCUUGGGGGAUGCUGGGAUGCAGGAGACACAGUGACAGGGAUUGGGGUGGGAUAUUUGGGGUCAAAUGAGAGGAAGCCACUCAUGGAUUAUCCCAGUUUAGUGCUGGCAGCAAAAAUGGGAUGCUGGGAAAGGCUUGUGGGGCGCACAUGGGGGAGCCCUACAAAUAAAUCCCAUGGGAUCUGGUGCAGCAUCACGGGAGGCUGGGAGUAGCCCAGUACUGAGCUAAGGGGGUGUCUGCCUGCUGGAGGGGGCUGUAUCCUGGGGAGGGUGACUUGUGCCUUAGGAAUUGCUGAGCUGAGCGUGGGGCGGAAGCUGGGGUGGGAGGGAGCAGCAAUGUCCCGCAUCCUCCAGAGCAGGCGGAAAGCCCUUCCUGUGGCAGGGAAGGAGGCAGAAUGUUCUCUUGGCUCAGCUUCCUGGUGAUAACCUGGGAUUGUUGUUUUUGUCUUGGGAAUGGGGGUUUUUCUCACAGUGAGGUUUUGUGGAGAAGUAGCCCCUGGGGUUGAGUCAUUUCCCCAUUUCUUCCCUCUCCCAUGGGCAGGUGUCUCCUUGGCCGUGCUGGAGGUGCACGUGGGGACGAGCCUGGUGCUCUCUGUGGAGGGGCAGCAGGCAGUGCUGCCUGUCUGGUACAGCAGCCGCUCCCAGCAAGAGCCCUACAUCACCUGGAUGCUGAACAAGAAACCUGCUCCCUUCCAGAUCCUGUCAGUCAUGAGCGGGGUGGUGAAGGUGGAGGAGACAGAUCUGAAGUCCCGCGUGGGGUUCCUGCACCCCAUCGAGACCCGCAACAUCUCGCUGCUCAUCAACGCCACCCGCGAGCAGGACUCGGGUCAGUACAUGUGCACGGUCAACGUGGUGGACGACACCAUCAGGAACGUCGGCCUCAUCAACCUCACCGUGCUGGUGCCACCGGCCACCCCCACGUGCCAGCUGCACGGCAACGCCGUCGUGGGGGCCAACGUCACCUUGAGCUGCUCCUCCAGGAAGGGGAAGCCCUCGCCCAUGUACCAGUGGCAGCGCGAGCCGCCCACCCUGCAGGUCUUCUUUCCCCCUGCCCAGGACCGGGCCAAGGGCACCCUCAAGCUGACCAACCUCUCCCUGGAAAUGUCGGGGGUCUACGUCUGCAGGGCUGAAAACCAAGCAGGUUCUGAGAACUGCAGCAUUGUCCUGGAGGUACAAUCAACGAGCACCAAAGCAGUCAUCGCCGGCGCCGUGCUGGGCUCCCUGGGUGCCCUUGCCACCAUCAUCUUCUUUGCCCAGAAGUUUGUUGGCUACAGGAGGAAAAAACGUGACAGCCAGGAGGAGGGAGCCAAUGAGAUCAAGGAGGACGCCGUGGCCCCCAAAACCCCAUCGUGGCCGAGGAGGCCGGCCUCAGACACCCUGUCCAAAACCAGCACGCUGUCCUCCAUCGCGGGCACGCGGCAAGGCUACGGAG